AUUUUCUCAACCAAUUAUCAAAGAAAAAGAUCAGAAAAUAUGAAAAAUGCAUUUUCACUUGUGGUUUUCAUCAUCUUCUUUAUCAUGCUGGCUUCUGUUGGAAGUAAAGUGAACGCAAAGCUAUGCCAAGAACCUCUAGGUGGUUGUCUAUUUUGUAAAGAUAGAUGCACGAAUAAAUACGGGUCACUUGGGAGAGGCAUUUGCGGUGGAAACCAUCUAUGCACGUGUGAAUACGUGUGCAGCCCGUCACAAGGACCUCCGCAGCCCAAACAGUGCUAUGGCGGGCCUGGUGGGCCUGGCGGACCUGGCAUUAAGUGCGGCAGUGCAUGCAAUGAUAAUUGUGGAAAAUACUACUCUGGUGGAUCUGGAUUUUGUGAAUCUAAUUUAUGCAAAUGCCGAUAUCCUUGCUAAUUUUUUGUUUGUUUGUAAUGUUUUUUUUUUGGAAUAAAUGAAAUAAAUCAGUGAAACCGAUCAAAAUUAUUUUCAGUUUUAAUGGAAGACGUGUGAAUGCCAA